GUAGCAGAAGAGCUUAGAUGCAAAUACUAUUACGCUAACGUCCCUAAUCGCGCUGAACAGGUAAAGCAGUGGCUUAGCUCUAGUGGGCUGAUCGUGGCUACGUCAGCGCUAAGGACGGGGGUUGAUUACCCCAGGGUAGUGUAUAUACCACACGUGGGGAUGCUGUGGAGCAUGAUCGACUUCGCGCAAGAGAGCGGGCGUGGAGGGCGAGCCAGGGAGGAGGUUAACUUAGUUAUUGUUGUAGAGCGUAGAUCUAUAGAACAAGAGAUGCUUAAGCACAGCGACAACUUAUGUGUGCAGGCUGUGGGGUUGUUUUUAACAGGCCGCGGGUGCCGACGAGCGCUGAUGAGCAUGUACAUAGACGGUAAGGCUGUAGCGUGCAACAACAUUAAGUCUGCUGGAUGUGACUAG